AUGGUCACCUUCGCACCGCGAUCUUGGACAGAGAGCCGCCCCAAGGCGACGCCAUCAACUCCCGUCCGCACAUUCCUCUCUCGAUCCGUCGCCAUGAACCACUUUGCAAUUCUCCUUGCAAGCCUCAAACGCCUCGACGUCAAAGCAAGGCCAUCAGCUCGCGGCCACCUUUCUGCAACCAUGCGAAUCGCCACAGUACUUGCAGUGGUGUCUGCCUACGGCGCAGUCGUCGCCGCGCUGAACCAAGAGGGUGCCGACCAUGCGAUGCUACGCGACCUCGCUACGACGGGUAAUGAAAAUCUGUCCCAGGUCACGCCCCUAUCCUUCCUCUCCGCGUACGCCUACAAUCCGGACCCGUACGCGACGUGCUCGUGGGGCCCGGAGGUGUGCGAGUUGAACGCAGCGAAGAACGACCUGAAACUCGGAUCCACGUGCUCCGCUGAUGUCCCCGUUCCGUCGGAUAACUAUGUGGGUGACAAGCGAGUCAACAAGUUUGACUCUGGUCUCGCCUCGACCGACUAUCCAUACAUCGAGAUCACGUCGACGGGCCCCACCCCAGGCUUGGGCGGCUCGACUGAGGCGUCUACAGGACAUCUCGCGUGGGCUGGGUACAUGAAAGACCCGACGAAAUCGCAGAACAACAUCAAGUUUCCAGGAGUUGGUGUGUACGACUUGGCCAUCUCCGCGUACGAUUACGACCGCUUCGCUACUUGCGAUGGAUGCGUCGCCGUUCGAGACACGUAUCGACCUCGUUUCAGGGAGGGGACGUGUCCCUCCUCGGCUUCCAGUUCGGUUCCACUGAAGCAGGAAGGGAUUCGAGUUCUCACUACACUGGAGACGCGCUAUGCCAUGUUCACUUCGCCCAGCAACCACCUGAACAACCCUGAAAGUGACGCAGCCUGUAAUGUUGAGUCGCAAACGCAACAGAUUUUCUACGACACGACAUCUGCUCCCUCCGCGGGCAUGUGCUUUAGCUCCGAUGGUGUCAAGUGCAACCUGGACAAGCUGAAGAAUAACCCGUUCACUACCGUCGAGAGCGUCAAGCGUCCGAAUCUGGAGCUCGAGAAGAGUCUGAACGACAAGUGCGUGUGGACCUGCUCCAAGUCGAUUGCGCUCAAGGAAAAGUAUACUGCGUAUACUUGCCCACCAGAUGCUUCCCAGCCCCCAAGUACUUGUGAGGGUCUCCCAAGUAGCACUUGCAGCUUCGAGGCGAGCAUCAAGGCGACGGGACACGACAUUGCGGAAGCGACCAUCAAGCUGAAAGAUUCGGUGCAGGAGGCCUCGAAGAAGAUCAUCAAGGAGUUGGAGAAGCCCGCAAACACCGACGUCGCCAACACCAUCCACUACAGUCUCCCGUGCACGUCAUACGACGAAGUUGGCACCAACGACAAGUGUCAUUACAACGUCAAGCUCUCGGAUGUCCUCGACGUCGGACCGAAAGCUGGUGGCGGCCCCAAGUUUGUGACGGAUCUCACGCUUAACUCGGAGAAGCCGUCCGACUACGUGUUCUGGCGAGUCAAAGUCGGGAGCAAAGAUUGGGCCACCUGGAACCCGAACAGUGACGCCGAGUAUUCGUUCAAAGCAUCCAGUACGACUGUCAAUGUUGAAGCGUGGACAGCCUGUGGACAGAUUUCAUCGAUUGAGAUCGUCGUCAAGCUCUAUCUCCACCGUUCGCUGACUUGCGAUAAGUUUGUGGAAAUGUGGACCCCUCUGGUUACGAAAGUCUACGGCGAGGACACGUACUGCAACGUCCCGGACAGUGACUUCAGUCUCUUCAAUCUCAACUACGACUACGAUGUCAUCAUCCCACCUGUGUCAGGUCAAGACUUGCUGAAGGGAACGUACAAGCACGUCAAGUGCGAUAUUCGAGUCCGCGAAAGCACCGCGGCAGAAUACUCGGUGAAUCCAGCUAUACUCGUGAGCGAAACGAGCCAGAACAAAAUCGACAAGAACUUUGCUGUUGAGCUUGUGCAUGAUCCCCACACUGCCCCGAAGUCAGUUUUCCGCGUUGAGUGUACGUUUUCCCGCGAUUCCUACGGCAACAACGGCAACAAUGGUAACAACGGCAACAAUGGAAACAAUGGAAACAACGGCAACAAUGGCAACAAUGGCAACAACGGCAACAACGGCAACAAUGGCAACAAUGGCAACAAUGGCAACAAUGGCAACAAUGGCAACAAUGGCAACAAUGGCAACAAUGGCAACAACGGCAACAAUGGCAACAAUGGCAACAACGGAGGCUCCGUUACUGUUACUGCACCUGAGAAUUUCAUCACGUGCUUUCACAGCUUCACCAUUACCGACUGUGACAAGCCACGUAUCGAGCCUGGUGUUGAAGAGGAGGACGUGUGCGCCUACGACUGUGCAGACAAGGCACAGCCCGGUGCCUAUGAGGCCUGCGGUGGAACUGUCGUUUCCUCGAAGGGGACUCAGACUUUCGUCAAGACUUCCGCUGACGAAUCUUGUUGCGCCGACUGUGAUCCUGAUCUCAACUGUGUUGCCUUUGGAUCAACGGAUGUCAAGCGCUGUGAAGUUCCAUCCGCGUAUCCGUAUUACUCGAGGCUGGAGGCAGCUGAGCAAGCAGUAUUUGCCAGUGGGAAGACGACAACGAUGAUGGCGCUGCUCGGAGCAAGUGCUAUGGUUGCUGUUGUGGCACUUGUCGUCGUGAAGCGUCGUACUUCUCGUCCUCAAGAGGUCGACGAUGCUUACUACCCACUACUCGAGUAAGCUGGAGUUUAGUUAGGCAGUUGCUACUUUGAAGAGCGCUGCUUCAGCUGUUUUACUUUGGGUCAUUAUGACGUGGUUCUUCAAAUGCUUGAAACUUUGUCA